GGCCGCAGCGGCGGCGGUGAGCGGCCGGCCCCUGACCAUGAGCAGGAAGAGGUUGCAGCAGCAGCUGGUGGAUGCCCUGGGCCACUCCACCAAGCACUUUAAUAAAAGUGAAGUGGAAUGCCUGAUCAAGCUCUUCGACAAGCUGGUGGCCGAGUCCAGCAGCCGCUUUGCUGCAGCCGGCUUUGAUCGUAACAUGUUCAGAGACAUUCUCCACAGCGCAUUUGGCAUGACGGAUGAGAGGAUCAUGGACAGAGUGUUCCAUACUUUUGAUAGAGAUAACAACAGCUGCAUCAGUGCGACGGAAUGGGUGGAAGGCUUAUCAGUAUUCCUUCGGGGGACACUAGAAGAAAAGAUCAAAUUCUGUUUUGAGGUUUAUGACCUGAAUGGUGAUGGAUACAUUUCAAGAGAGGAAAUGUUUCAAAUGCUGAAAAACUGUCUUCUCAAACAACCAUCCGAAGAAGAUCCUGAUGAGGGAAUUAAGGACUUGGUAGACAUAGCAAUGAAGAAAAUGGACUAUGAUCAUGAUGGCAAGCUUUCUUUUAAGGACUUUGAAAAAGCAGUCAGAGAUGAAAAUCUUCUCUUAGAAGCCUUUGGACCAUGUUUGCCAGACAUAAAGAGCCGUAUGGCAUUUGAGCAGAAAACCUUCCGGGAAAGCUCGUAAACUGUUAACUCCCAAUGGAAUACUGCUGUAAGACAUUUUUUUCCUUCACCGUUCUGCAUGGUAAAGUAAAAAUAGGAACAACUUCAAACUGUUACUAAGUUUCAGUAUUCCUUUACUGUAAAAGCUAAUGAAUAAACAAUUUACUUCUAUUACUCUACCUAAA